AUGAGGGAAUUUCAAGUUUCUGCGGGACGUUGUGGUAAUGAUAGUGAUAAAUCCAGACAGAAACAAAGUCUUCAUUCAACUAUCUCAAUCUCCAAUAACACAGCACAAGAAACCUUCAGCUUGUUAUUUAAACUAUAUGAGAGCGUUAUCCAUUUAAAGCUUUUUUUAGUUCAAAAUGCCAGCAAAAUUACUUCGUUCGAUAAAUCAGUAUUUAUAUCCUCAAGAUGA